AUGGCCUCCAAGACUUCCGAAAUUCCCUCUUUCAGCCAAAUAGCUUGUGUUGGUGCUGGGCUCUCGGCCGUUGCCCUGGGUGCCACCCUGAAGAGAUGGUACGGCCUCGACGAUAUUCAUUUUUUUGAGAGACAUCCUACAAGUGGCGGAACAUGGUACAUUAAUUCAUAUCCAGGGUGUGGCUGUGAUGUUCCUAGUGCUCUCUACAGCUUCUCAUUCGCCUUGAACCCCAGCUGGACCAAGCUCAUGCCCUCUAAUGAGGAAAUCAAGAAGUAUGUUGAUGACGUGGUGAAUACUUACAACCUUCGCCCCAAGAUGACCUUCGCGACCGAAGUCAUCCGAAGCGUCUGGCGAGAAGACGCAAGCCGUUGGCAACUUUUCCUGAGAGAUUUAAAGACAGGCCGUGAAUAUACCCACGAAUGCCAAAUUCUCUUUGCAGCCACAGGGCAAUUGGUUGAGCCGCGUCCUUGUGAGAUUCCUGGCGCGCCGGAUUUCCACGGAAACAUUUUUCAUUCAGCUCGAUGGGACAAGACCGUUAACCUUGAGGGGAAGAAUGUUGUUGUCAUAGGGAAUGGAUGCACUGCUGCACAAAUUGUCCCAGCUCUCAUAAAUGAUGGGAAGGUGAAGUCCCUGACGCAGAUUGUGCGAACCAAGCACUGGAUAUUCCCCGCUGCGAACUUCAACUACGGCCGGAUUCUGCAAUGGAUAUUUCGCAACAUCCCACUUGCAAUGAGACUGCAUCGGUUCCACAUCUUCCUGAUUGCUGAAAAUGAUUUUCGUUUGUUCCCCAUGACCAAACACGCGGCCAAACUUAGGGAGAAGCGACGGCGACAAGUGGAAAAGUACAUGCGAGAAGCAGCUCCAGAAAAGUAUCAUGACCUUCUAAUUCCGGAAUUCGAUGUCGGUUGCAAGCGGCGAAUCUUUGAUCCUGGCUACCUCGAGUCUCUGCAUAGCGAUAAAAUUCUUCUGACAGACGCUAAAACUCAACGCAUUGUUUCCAAAGGUAUCGAGACUGACAAAGGCUUCUUUCCAGCCGACGUGAUUGUCCUUGCCACAGGAUUUCAGACCAACAGAUUCAUCCCAUAUAUGGAUGUUGUCGGGCGUAAUGGCGAAGAUGUCACUCAGCACUGGGCCAAAUAUGAUGGCCCAGCUGCCUAUAACUGUUCCGCGCUGAAUGGUUUCCCCAACUUUUUCAUGCUCCUCGGCCCCAAUGCUGCGACCGGCCAUACAUCAGCCAUGAUGGCGGCAGAGAAUUCCGUAAAUUAUGCUCUCCGGGUCCUAAAGCCCGUUUUAGAUGGCGACGUUGCUUCAGUCGAAGUCACAGCUGAAGCAGAGAGCAAUUACGCUUACUGGGUGCAGUAUGCACUGAAUAAACGCGUUUGGAACGCGGGAUGUGUAUCGUGGUAUCUCAACGACAAAAAAUGGAACUCGAUGUCCUACCCCUGGACCCAAGGUCACUACUGGUGGAGAAGCCUGUUUCCCAUAUGGUCCGAUUGGAAUAUCAAAGUUAGUUAA